AUGGAAGACUUCGAGAAACUUCCCCAAAACUUAAAAACUCAAGAAAACUUUGAGCGUCUGUUGGAAUUGGAGAGGCUCCGCCUCCAACAAGUUGAUAGAGUAAAGCAACCAUUUAAAGAAGUGACUGACAACAGCAGAAUUAUUUGUGAGGCACUUGUGAAACCGUUCAAUAUGAUUCCUACAAAUACCAGCGAGCUUAAGUUCAUUAUGAAGUCCGACCUUCUCACUUCUUUACCUGUAGCUGGUGCAAAGUUGCUCGCCCUAAAAAAUCCCCAAGUCAGGAACAUAUUUGAUUACGAUGAAGUUAAUUGCCAAUGUCCCCUAGGAGUCCAAUUCGGCUCCGCACUAUCAUACACUAAUCAAAGAAACAACACACAAGAGGAUAUGAUGCAUUUUAUGAUGGAUAGUUUGAUCAGGGCACCAGUAGAAGAGAUUUCAAGAGUGUUGCAUUUGCCAGUAACAGUAGAUCGCAAUGCAACAGACAGUGGGAGCACUACAGUGGAGCAAUGUCAUCCAGAUUUCCUCUUUCGGAUCAAAGACGUACUUUUCUUCUGGGGUGAGGAGAAAUCUGUCACUGGUGCUUUUGAGGACCUUGAGUAUAAAUUUACACAGUUUGAUGAAGUUCUUCCUGAGGAACUCAAGUUUAUGAUAUGCUAUACAGCAAAUGGGACAAAUAUCUCUUUUUAUAUAAUCGAUGGAUGGACAAAGCGGAAGAAAGACCGUUUUGUUCCUUUUACAAAAGAAUUCAAUUUGAAUGACAUUCAAGAUCGCAUAGAUAUUCUCAAGGCCAUUAUAAACAUCACCCGACUGGUUAGAACAUUAGUAGACAAAAACUGCAUUCCUUCUGCGGUAUAUCCUGUCACAAAGACGCAGAAAUACCAUAGGUCGACUAUCUCGUAUGAGGCAAACUAUGUCAAGAAAGUGGUUUCUAUACGUGAUCUUCCAUUCGUUGAUGGAGAAAACCUGAAAAUGAUAGAAAGUCGUGUCGAUUUUCUCUUUGCAAUGUAUCAACAUGCCAAGGGAAAACGUGGGCUUGUCCAGGUCAAGGACGGCCCAAAGCUCAUUUGGGGAAAUACAGCUUACAAGAUCAAGCUAGCAACUAGGGGUAUCGCGGUUGAAACGUUAUCUAUACAUUCAGAAGAUAAGGUGCAAAAAUUGGUGUUAGACGUAGUUACAGGUCUCUCUUAUUUGCACUCGGGAGGAUACCUUCAUUGUGAUGUUCGAUUACCCAAUAUCGUUUACGACUCCACCCUCAAGCAAUACGUACUCAUCGAUUUCGAGCAUGGUGGUCGUCGUGAUGAUGUUAAUAUAAGUAAACGAAAAUCUCGGAAUCGUAGCAAACAUGUUGUCAGAGAUCGCCAUUAUCGCUUAGACAUCGAGAGGUUGAAGGAUUGGGAUGACAAUACAUUGGACAAUGGUGUGUACACAAAGCGGUCGGAAAUGUACCAAUUUGGUAUAUUGCUACAUACCACCUUCGACCGUGUGAUUCGGUCAAAGAAUGGGAAAGAUUUCGUGGAAAAGUUACGGGCAAAACAGUUAACUGCAGCAGAUGCACUUAAGCAUCUGUGGUUAAGAUAG